AUGUUCCAAUACAUUGGCAGAAUCGAAGAGAUGAAGGUAUAUCCUAGCGAUCUGAACAUCACCUCUUCAACAGUUUCGAAAUGUGCCUUCAUAAAAUACGAUGAUGACCGUGCCGUAGAAGUCGGACAGCACCUGACAAAUACAGUUCUCAUCGAUCGAGCGAUAGUUUGCGCUCCAUAUCUACAGAGUGUUAUUCCUGACGAAGCCACGUUCACAGCCACUGGAGGUCCAGUUACUGCCGGCCAGCGUCAGUUGCCUCCACAUGUCACGAAUAAAGUUCAAGAACUGGAAGAUGGCACUUCUGUGUUGCUUACAGUGGAUCCGCAAAUGGAAGCGCUUGGUCUUCCAUCCUAUCCACCACUACCUGGCAAUACUGACAUGGCGAAAGUGGAAGAAAUUAGGAGAACAAUCUACGUUGGCAACUUACCGAAAGGUGUCGAUGGACAAGCUGUUCUCGAUUUCUUCAACAAUUUUGUAGGAGAGGUCAUGUAUCUUCGCAUGGCAGUUGCUCCAGACACACUGCCCUGUGCGUAUGCAUACAUCGAGUUCACCAAUCAAACAUCCGUGCCGAUAGCUCUUCAGAACAAUGGCAUCGAUUAUGAGGGUAGACCUCUGCGAAUUCAACAUUCCCGUGUUGCCAUAAUCAAACCUCAAGCAAAAUCCGCUGAUCAAGCCCUGGAGGAAGUCGAGGAAGCCAUUCGUAUGGGAAAGAGUCAGUCAUGCCGUUUUUUUACGGACGGUCACGCUCACGUUCACCUUUGCGUCGUCGCCGCACUCCUUCCCCAUCGCCUCGUCGCAAAAGCAGAUCGCCCCGACGUCGCAGAAGUCGUUCUCGAUCGAAAUCUCGUGAUCGUAAAAGAAGUAGAACAAGGUCUAGGGAUCGCAAAAGGAGUCGUUCACGCGACAGGAAACGCAGUCCCAGUAGGACUAGGCGAAGAAGUCGAAGCCGGUACGUUGGUAGAGUCUUGUGCGCGUGAAAGCAAACGUGAUCGUAGCUCGGAGCGCAAGAAAGACAGGGAUAAAGAGAAAAAAGAGAAAGAAAAAUCGAAGGAAAAGGAAACAAAGGUUGAGGAGCUUGACGAAGAAACAUUACGAGAGCGACUAUUGGAAAAAGCCGCUGUACGAAGUGGGAAGGAUGGGUGA